CUAUCCGGUUCCCCCACUCUGAAACUCAUCAAUAAAAGAAACUUAUUUUUCUUUAAAAAAAAUUUAUGUAUCUAUCUCAGUCCUCAAAAUACAAAUAUUUUGAAAUUUUUAUUUUCUUUUCUGGACUUCCAAACGUAGCCUAACUAGAGUUUUCUCUAGCCCUCUCAUGGAGAUGGCUGCCACUAUUAGUAGCAGACCAGCUGCGUUUUAUCUUAAAGUGUCUCAGUUAUCUUCUUCUCCAUCGUCGAAUCACUUAAAUUUGAUCUAUGUCUUGGAACAAAACCAUUGGCAAUGGAAUAGCUUCCAUGUCUUCGAAAGCGAGGUUUGGAUGGUCGAAAGGGGGUGCGGGUCUCUUGGAGCGCCCGACCUUUGAUCAGUCUCAGUUUGAUCCUACUCCGCAAGCUAAGGAAGGAGAUAAGGGACAGCUGAGGGACAAGAAAGGUGCUUUUAGUGGAGAUAGAUACAAGGUUUUUCCGAGUGACAAUAUAUAUUUGAAAUCAAGCCAGAGAACACUCUCCCUCUUGGAACAAUGUCUAACCAGGAGAAAUAUCAAGCAGAUUCAGUCCCAUCUAAUUGUCUCAGGAACCCUUUUCGAUCCUUUUGCGGCAGGAAAGCUCAUAGCCUUUUAUGCGAUCUCUAAACAUGGCGAUCUGAGUCAUGCGUAUCUCCUCUUUUGCCAUCUCCCCCACCCCACUAAAUUCAUUUGGAACACCAUGAUAAGAGCUUUUGCAGAGAAGCAAGAACCUAUCAAAGCUAUAGCUCUGUAUAAGAAAAUGUUAGAAAAAAGAAUCUUACCUAACAACUACACCUUCUCAUUCCUUCUCAAGGCUUCUGUUGACCUCACUGAUGUUCUAUUUGGUCUUCAGAUACACGCACAAAUCAUCAAACUUGGUUGGGAAUCCUAUGACUUUGUCCAAAAUGGUUUGAUCCAUUUGUAUGCUACUUGUAAUUGUGUUGCCUUGGCUCGUAAAUUGUUUGAUAUGAGUUUAAACCUUGAUGUGAUUUCAUGGACCGCAAUGAUCAAUGGCUAUGCAAAAUCUGGGGAACUUGAAGUUGCACGGAGAUUGUUUAAUGAGAUGCCUGAAAGGAAUGCUGUUUCUUGGAGUUCUUUGAUCUCUGGCUAUGCUCAAGUUGGUAUGUUCAGAGAGGCACUUGAACUUUUUAAUGAGAUGCAGCUUGCUGGCAUCCAGCCUAAUCAUGCUGGGAUUGUUGGUGCACUAUUGGCCUGUGCUUUUCUUGGGGCUUUGGAUCAAGGAAGAUGGAUUCAUGCUUACGUGAAUAGAAAUGGGAUGGAAUUGGAUACAAUUCUGGGUACUUCUCUUAUUGACAUGUAUGCAAAGUGUGGGUGCAUAGAUACUGCUCUUCAGGUCUUCAAUGAGAUGCCUGAGAGAGAUGUCUUUGCUUUUACUUCAAUGAUUUCUGGCCUUGCGAACCAUGGCCAGAGUGCAAGUGCUAUUAUGUUAUUUUGUAAGAUGCAAAAGGAAGGAGUUGAGCCUAAUGAAGUUACAUUUAUAUGUGUAUUAAGUGCAUGCAGUAGAAUGGGGUUGGUGGAAGAAGGGAUGAGAUUUUUCAAAAGCAUGAGUGCAACUUACGGGAUUGAUCCAGGGGUGGAGCACUAUGGAUGCCUGGUAGAUCUAUUGGGGCGAGCAGGUUUGCUGGAAGAAGCAAAGAGAGUGGUGAGAGAGAUGCCCAUGGACCCUGACUCAUAUGUCUUAGGUGCAUUACUCAAUGCUUGUAGAAUGCAUGGUGAUGUUGAAUUGGGAAAAGAAAUGGUUGAGAGCUUGUCUAGACGGAGUCUUGACCAUGGCGGGGUUCAUGUUCUUUUAUCUAACAUGUUUGCCUCAGCUAAUCAGUGGGAAGAUGUGGCAAAGGUGAGAAAGGGAAUGGAAGAGAAGAAAGUGAAGAAGGUGCCUGGAUGUAGCUUGAUUGAAGUUGAUGGUGUUAUUUGGGAAUUUGUUGUGGGAGAUAGGUCUCAUUUUAUAAUUGAGGAAGUCAUCUUUUUAUUGCUUGGAAUGGACAAACAGUUGAAGUCUUUUGGGUUAGAUGACAAUUUUAUGUCCAUUGAACAAUUCCUCUAGGUUGAAAAUUAUAGGUAGCAGUUCAGUUGCAAGCAAUUAGCUGUUGGUCGGCACCUUCAUCCUAGUUACCAGGAUUGAAGAUCUCUAUCCCGGUCUUACAAAUUCUUUGAUUACACAAGCAGAGGAGCAUGUUUGAAGUUCUUUGACAUGAAAGUUUCUUUUCUGUUAUUUGGUUACGUACAAACAAGGGUUAGAGAUCACAAGUCCAUCUAACAAGCCUUCUAUUAAACACACUAAAGAGAAACGCAGAGAAAGUAGAGAGACAGAAAUCUAUUUGACAAUCUAAACCAAUAGGAGUUUCUCCCAUCUAAGAAUUAACUGUAAGUUCACAACCACGAACUCCACCAAUUUCAUGGUCCCAAAAUCUUCUUCUCUGUCUCCUCUGAAAACCAAUGUUUAUUUUUACCUCAUUUAUAAUCCCUUUAUCCCUUGGAGGUGGCUUCUGCUAGUUGUAGAUCUCAUUUUUCUUAUCAAAGUCCCUUAUUCUUGUCUUCUCUAUCCUUGAAUGUCAUAACCUUGAAAAUUUUCACACUGACAACUGGUGGUUCCACUUUCGUGUGAGCAAGGUUUAUUUCGUUGAAAGGAGGCAUUGUCCCUUGGAGUACCCAGAGCUUUAGAUCACUUCCAAUUUGAUUCUGUUCGACAAGCUGAGAAGUGUCGACUGUGAGCGGUGCCAUCCGUUACAUCUGAUGAUGCAAGAAAACUCUUCCACGUAUCACGUCAGAAUGGUGUGGCUGUUGUCAUAGUUACUGUGAAGGACCAUGCUGAAUUCUAUUCACAGAUGAUGAUACGUUGGGGAUUGGAAUCAAUAAUCAAACCUGAACCAAAUACUGUGUAAAUUGGUGGGGAUCUCAGAAUCUUAGAGAUCGAUCAAAUUGGAGCUGCAGUACUAAUGGUUUGGCUGUAACAAAAUUUUGAAAUCACGAGUCUUUCGAUUAAACUGAUAUAUGCAGUGAAGGGAGGAUGUAUAUGACUAAUGAAUUUUAGAAGAUUGAAUCUAUGUCGUGCAAAGGAUUUGAGUAAAAUCUAUGGAUAGAAAUUUUCUGGGCACAGGGUUGCCCUUUGGAGAGGAGCUUAUGGGCAACCAUUGGGACUGAAGAGGUAGUACUUCGGGGUCAAGUUCAAUUUUGAAUUGUGAUUGAGAAGCUUUUAUGAUUGACUAUAUAUUUAUAUUUAUGGAA